CUACUUUCUCAUCUUCCUUCCAUCUGGUAGACCUAGGUCUAAUCCCUGGGACAAGGAUGGUGGGUGCAAAGGCUGUCACAGGCCCCAGCACCUCCCUCCGCCUGGCACAACGCACUGAAGUCAGCAGUAUUAUGGUGAAUCCUCCCUUCUAUCAGGUGUCCUGCUGUGGGCCUGUUCCCUGUACCUGCUGCUGCCAUUCUAGGUGCCCCCUUGUCACAGAAUCUACUUGUAGCCGCCUGUUCUACAUCCUCCUCCAUCUGGGGUCCUCAGCAGUCUGCUGCCUCCUGCUGUCAAAGACAGUAGUGGAAAGGGUCUGGGGGAAGGAACAUGGGAUCCAGAUGCCCUCAGGGUUGUGUGCCCAUCUGUUUGGCCACCCUCACUGCCCAGUGCUCAGUGGCUCUGGAGCUGUGUACCGCGUAUGUGCAGGAACUGCCACCUUCCACCUGCUGCAGGCUGUGCUACUAGUCCAGCUCCAUUCCCCUACCAGCCUGAGAGCCCAGCUCCAUAACAGCUUCUGGCUCCUCAAACUGCUGUUCCUGCUAGGUCUCUGUGCUGUUGCCUUCUGCAUCCCCGAUGAGCAUCUCUUCCCAGCCUGGCAUUACAUUGGCAUCUGUGGAGGCUUCACAUUCAUCCUGCUGCAGUUGGUGCUUAUCACAGCCUUUGCCCAUUCCUGGAACAAAAACUGGCAGACUGGUGCAGCCCAGGACUGCUGCUGGUUCCUGGCGGUACUGCUGGCCACCCUGGGAUUCUACAGCAUGACAGGUGUGGCAGCUGCGCUCCUGUUCCACCACUACACACACCCAGCUGGCUGCCUGCUCAACAAGAUGCUGCUUAGUCUGCACCUUUGUUUCUGUGGCCUCCUCUCCUUUCUCUCCAUCGCUCCCUGCAUCCGCCUCAGGCAACCCCGUUCUGGCCUUCUACAAGCCUCUAUCAUCAGCUGCUAUAUCAUGUACCUGACUUUCUCUGCACUGUCCAGCCGUCCUCCAGAAAAUGUAUUCCUUGAAGGACAAAAUCACACUCUGUGCCUCCCUGUCCUAAGUAAAAUGGAAUCGCAAACACCAGAUACUUCUCUGGCAGUGCUAAGUGCUGGCAUCAUGUAUACUUGUGUCCUUUUUGCUUGCAAUGAGGCUUCCUACCUGGCUGAGGUAUUUGGGCCCUUGUGGAUUGUCAAGGUUUACAGCUAUGAGUUCCAGAAGCCCUCACUCUGUUUCUGCUGCCCUGAAACGGUGAAACCAAAGGAAGGCCAGAGGGCUGGGUCUGUCAGGCCAGCUGACCGAGAGACCUCUCCAGCUCCUCCAGCACAAGCCCAGCAUCUCUCCUACAGCUAUUCUGCCUUCCAUUUUCUCUUCUUCCUUGCAUCACUCUAUGUCAUGGUUACCCUUACCAACUGGUUCAGCUAUGAGGGAGCAGAACUGGAAAAGACCUUCACCAAGGGUAGCUGGGCUACCUUCUGGGUCAAGGUUGCCUCAUGCUGGGCCUGUGUACUCCUCUAUCUUGGGCUGCUAUUGGUACCACUCUGUUGGUCCACCACCCAGGACUCCCAGCCACCUCCUACAUUCAGGGGACCCGGCCUUCCCAGAAGUACUACAAGGAACUGCCCAGCCCAGCAGGUACCUCAAGGACACAAUGGGCAGUUAUCUCCCCCUUGA